GAUCCGGCCCAUGGUUUUAAAUAAACCCGGGGAGGUUGGGACACAAGCUGAAGGAUGCGAGGGGAUCUGUUUGCUCACUAGCGGGGGAACUUACUUAGUUUGUGAACACUUAUAAUUGUAAUUGCCGAGUAAAUAACGCCAUCACGGUCUUUUUGCCCUCUGAGGAAGUGCCACUGAAGUUAUCGAUUUCUUGACAUCUGUAAAAGUCUUCAGUGCAGUCACCUCAGCAGCUAAGAUGGCAGCAGAAGUGUUCAGCCGCCGGCAGUGGGCGUCGCAGUCCCUGCGCAUCACCGCCAAGGAGCUGUCCCUGGUCAGCGCGCGCGGGAAGAACAACGCCAUCGCCGAGCGCUUCUCCAAGUAUCAGAGAGCUGCAGAAGAGGUGAACAUGGACAAGCGGAAAGCUACUGUGGAAACCACAUCCGCCGCUCUUUGCCGUGGCAACCUGAACGUUCUGAAGCAGCGCUGGGAGCAGCAGCAGCCGGCGGCCCCGCCUCCCAGUGCCACGCCCAGUGCCACGCCCAAACCAGCCAACGCACAGAACGGCCCCACAGCCCCCCAGCCCCCGGUUGCCCUGGACGACGGCGGCCCCUGCCAGCCCCCAGCGGACGGAGAGAUGGAGGGAGGAGUGGAGAGGAGGAAGCAGAGAGGGGCGGAGCAGGAAGUGGAGGCGGAGGGCGAGGCCACUGGGCGGUCCAGUCCCCAGAUAGAGAAGCCCACCGUGCCCCUCAGCAGCCUGAAGCAGAUGUUUGAGAACAGGGUUUCCAACAACUCAGAGGACCCAGAUACGCAGGAAAGAGACAAAGGGGCCCCAGAUGGGGUAAUGCCCCUGGACGACCUUCUGGAGGCCCCGCCCCUUCGGGACAGGAUGGCCCUGUACCAGGCGGCGGUGUCCAAGCAGGACACGCCCACAGCCACACACAAUAGCCCUACCAGCGAGUCCAGGAGAAAAUCAGGCCCUGCCACAGACGGCAAAGGGGAUCGAGUGGAAACUUCCAGCGCCUCACAACUGGAGAAGGGCCAGCCCAAGCCUACCAAAAAGUUUGGCGUGCCAGCGCAGGAGACGUGCGUGGCCUGCCUGAAGACGGUGUACCCCCUGGAGCGGCUGGUGGCCAAUCAGCAGGUCUACCACAACUCCUGCUUCCGCUGUUCACACUGCAGCACCAAGCUGAGUCUGGGGAAUUACGCCUCCUUGCACAGCAACGUUUACUGCAAGCCUCACUUUAGCCAGCUGUUCAAAGCCAAGGGCAACUAUGACGAGGGCUUUGGCCACCGCCCCCACAAAGAGCUGUGGGUCGCCCGGGAGGAGGGCGGGGACGAGGACCAGGACGCGGAGGAGCAGGGGAAGCUGGAGGCGGGGCAGGCAGGAAGGCGUGGGGCGGAGCCGGAGAGCCCCACGGUGGAGGAGUCGCCGCUGGCCAAGGUCAACGUCCUGGCCGCCACCCUGGAGACGCCGCCCCCCCCCGCCGAGACGCCCGAGAGGCCCGUGGAGACGCGGCGGCUCAAGAUCUCCUGGCCGCCGCCCACCGAGAGGGGAGCGGCGGGGGCCAGCCCCGCCCCGGAGGGCGGAGCCGUCAAGCCCGUCCGCGCCAAGUGGCCCCCCGAGGGCGGCGCCCCGCCCGCCGCGGAGAGCCCCGAGCACAGCGAGCUCUCCGACCUGCGCCAGAACUCCUCCCUCAAGGAGCGGAGCCGCCCCUUUUCCCGGACAAGCCCCGCCCCCUCCCCGGACACCGGCCGCGGAAAGCAGGCGGAGAGAGGCCCGCCCGCUCCCCGGCCAGACGGCAAGGAGAGGGACGCCAAGAGGGGCGUGGCGGCCACGCCCGACAACAGCGCCGUGAACGGCGGGCCCGACCCGGAAGACGAACAGGAAGCGGAAGAACAGGAGGAGGAAAUGACUGGCCCAGGACAGGAAGAACAAGAGGAAGCAGACGAAAUGGGCGAAGAGAAGGAGACGAAGGAAGAGGAGGAGGAGGAGGAGGAAGAGCAACAGCUGUCCCCUCUGGAACGCCCGACGGGUUCCCCCUCCCCCCCGGCGGAGGGAAAGCACAACCGGACGUCCCAGGACGUGGGAUUCUGGGACGGGGAGGAGGGCAGCGGGGGAGGCGAGGGGGAGGUGUCCGCCGAGGAGAUGAUCAAGAAGAAUCGCUACUACGAGGAGGAGGAGGAGGAAGAGCUAGCUGAGCAGGAGGACUGAGAGAGGAGCCGAGCUCCUCAAACCGACCGCGAUCCGGCGGCCUUCACGGAACCCGCUCUGACCGAACCCGAGUUCUGACCCAGACGCACGGACGGAACCUGCACCGCUGCUUCACUGCAAGUCCACUUUCCACCUUUGAGCUUUAACGUUUCUCACGGUACCCCGUACCACGUACCGAACGCUCUACGACUACGACUCCCCUUUUUUUAGAGAUCAUUUUAAUCGUUGAGCCACGGUCUGAAUCCAAGGAUAGAUUAAACGCACGGUUUUCAGGAAUUUUGGUACUUCGUUCCAUUCCGACGUUUUUGUUUUUUUGUUGCACUUUUUUGUAUGUUUUUAAAUGUCGAACCAAGCCAAAAAAAAAAAAAA